UAAAAUUAUAAUAUACUUUUUCAGACUGCACACGAUAACUUGUACUCUAAGCAUCCCAAUUGCAUGUGUGUUAAUACAUCAUAUUUUUGCAUCAUUAGGUACAAAAGGCUGCGAUAUUAAUAGUCAAACAUGGAUGGAGUAGCAUGCGUCUUCCUAAAGGAAGAUCUGUGUGCUGUGAUUUAUCACUCAGGGGGCCGAAACACGCGCAACAACGGACAACCCCACAGGACCGGGGGGUGCUUCUCGUGUCUCGGGAGGAAGGUCAGGGUCUAGAAAGUUACCUUGACUGUAACAAUCAUACACGAGCUGCUUCUUUUUACACCCAAUCAAUCUUCUGUGUUCACUGUUAUUUGUAACACACUGAAAUUAAAAAAAUUCGAUGCCUUCCAGGGACGAUAUUCGCUCCCUAUCCGCUGAGCAACGCUGGAUCCCUCCUUCAACUGUUAGACGCGAUGCACUCACCCCAGAAAGCAGAAAUGAUCUCAUCUUUAGAAAGGUGCGGGGUAUUCUUAAUAAGCUUACGCCGGAAAAGUUCGCAAAGCUGAGCAGCGACCUGCUCAACGUUGAGCUUAAUUCUGAUGUGAUUCUCAGAGGUGUUAUUUUUUUGAUCUUCGAAAAAGCACUUGAUGAACCCAAGUACAGUUCUAUGUACGCACAGCUGUGCAAACGGCUGUCUGACGAAGCUGCAAACUUUGAACCACGAAAAGCACUCAUUGAAAGUCAAAAAGGCCAAAGCACAUUCACAGUUCUCCUUCUUAACAAGUGCAAAGACGAAUUUGAAAAUCGUUCAAAGGCAAGUGAGGCAUUCGAAAAUCAGGAUGAACUUGGUCCAGAGGAAGAGGAACGCCGACAGGUGGCUAAGCGCAAAAUGCUUGGUAACAUUAAAUUCAUCGGAGAACUGGGAAAAUUGGGAAUCGUAUCGGAAACGAUUUUACAUCGUUGCAUCCAGCAACUAUUGGAGAAGAAAAGGCGAAGGAGAUCCAGGGGGGAUACUGCCGAGGAUAUCGAAUGCCUUUGUCAAAUCAUGCGUACCUGCGGCCGUAUCCUUGACUCGGAUAAAGGCCGCGGACUUAUGGAUCAAUAUUUCAAUCGUAUGAACUCCUUAGCUGAGAGCAGAGAUCUUCCUUUACGCAUCAAGUUUAUGCUGCGUGAUGUCAUUGAACUACGCCGUGAUGGCUGGGUACCGCGUAAGGCUACCAGCACUGAAGGUCCAAUGCCAAUUAAUCAAAUUCGCAGUGAUAAUGAAGAGUCUUCGAGGGGAAAUGGCUUCCAUAGACGUGAGGAUCGCCUCGGAGCUGAAUUUUUAAGAAAAAUGGGACGUAGCGGAUUAGACAUGGAUAUGAUGGGAAGCAUACCAUUGACUUCUCCAUCGUUCGGCAUGCCAUCCCCAUUCAGCCCUAACGGAUUCUCUGGAUCUUCCGGGGUUACUUAUGGCCGUCACAAUCAACGUAACCAGCCGGGUUACUAUCAGAAUCGUAACCAAAACAACUAUCAAGGAAAACACAAUCAACAACAACAUAAUUCGCCACAAAACUUUAAUAACAAUAGCAAUAAAGAACAAUUACGCUUCAAUAAAAAUAAGAUGUUGAUUGGACAUCCAGAAGAAGUAUCGCUAAGACCAUCGGCUAAUUCUAUGAUGUUUAAACAAACCAACAUCAAUCCCAACCUACCUCUCAACAGUGAUCUGUUCACAGGACGAGCAUCGGAAUUACCUCUUCUACGUACUAGCACAUUAAAACCCAGCUCGCCAUUAUUGCACAAGGAAUUGUCACCAGCAAUCGUAAUAAAACAAGGUCCUGUAGAUAAACGAGAAAAAGCUCGUGAUAGAAAGGACAAAGGAACCUCUAGAGAAGAGAUACUGAAAAAAGUGAACUCCUUGAUGGACGAUCUUGCUUCUCAUACGAAUAUACAGGACGCAAUAACAGCUUUUCAAGAUCUUAAAAUACCUGAACGAUUUUUACGUCAUGCAGUUUAUACGUUAUAUUCUAAUACAUUAGACCGCGGAGAUUCUGAGCGUGAACUCGCAGCUAAACUUGUAGUUGAAUUGGAGAAAGCAGACAUGAUUACCGUACAGCAGAUACAUGAGGGAUGGAAAGAACUAGUGUCCAAUAUUCCAGAAAAAGAGAGUACUGUGCCUUGUGUAGCUUCUCACGUUGCCUUCUUAACAGCCAAGGCUAUUGUGGAUAAUUUAAUUCAAUUAACCGAUCUGGUUGCUGUGACAGAAAACGGUCAGCAUCAUCCAUUGUUUUUACUUACACUUCAGCAGUUACAUAAAAGCCAAGGCAAAGCAAGACUCACACAGAUCUUUAACGAGAGCAAGGUGAAUCUUAUUAGCCAGCUACCUGAAGCAGACAAGACAAAAGAGAGACUUGCGGAGAUCUUGGAGGACAGAGAAUUGACUUUCCUUUAUCCGCUUCUUAAGAUCCAGGGAGAUAUAUGGCGUCAAUUAGAAUAUGACCCAAAUCCUAAUACUCUUUACAAAUGGAUCAAAGAAAAGCUAGAACCUUCGCAUCAUUCUGAUUCAGAGUUUAUUAACGCUUUGAUGAACGUUCUUCUGAAAUACAUUACACAGGAAACAAUACUGGCACCUGGAGUUGAUCCUUCUAGUGUAGGAAAAUCAGUAAUAGAUAAGGAAAAAGCAUUACUGGAAAAAUAUGCACGUUUGAUGCGUUUACUCUUCGUCGAUAUAGAGUCUCAAGUGACAGCUCUCCAUGCACUUCAAGCAUUUUGGUUCUCGCACAAUUUUCCAAAAGGGAUGCUAUUGCGAUGGUUUGAUGGACUUUACCGAUUAGAGGUGAUUGAAGAAGAUGCCUAUUUCAAAUGGAAAGAAUGUGUUACUGAUGCUUAUCCGGGCAAGGGUAAAGCAUUAUUUGAGGUCAACAGUUGGUUAACAUGGUUAGAUAAUGCAUCCACGGAAGAAGAAAGUGAUGAUCAUAACGACGAUGAAGACAACAAUAAGAACUACAGAAUGCAAAAACUGUGAGAACAAUACGUUCUUCCGGUUACCUAUAAUUUGGAAUAGGGUUUUGCUAUCUAUAUUACUGGACCGGGCGGUUUCAGUUUACUAAUUGAGUUGUCUCCAUCUAUUGCCACAAACAUCUUGUUAGUCUGUGUCAAGCCCUCGUUCAAAGAAGAUGAAGAAGACAAAGAAGAAAAGGACUUUACAAUCAUGUCCACAAAAAAAAAACAAUACGGAAAACAUAUAGUUUGCAACCCAUCGAGUGGUUUGCAGCAGACUUUCUAAGGAAGAAGUUUUAGAAUGUUUUAGAUAAUUGAAUAUUGAUAUGAUUUGUUAUCAUAUUGGGCCAGCAGAUGUAUCAACAUUCGCCGCUGUAUGAACAUCGGUGCAGAAAGAAACAAGAAAAAAAUUAGUCUGGUGAUUUGUGUUGUCAAAGUUUUUGUCUAGUAUUGUGCAUGUGUCACGUUUUUGUAAGUCUUUUUGUCCGCGUCACCAGCGAGUCGCUUGUUAUCUCUGUGUACCAGCUUUUACAUUUAUUAUGAGGAAUUAUUAUCUAUUAUUAACUAUUAUAUUAUUAUUACUAUUAUAUAAUUCAUCACAACAGUCGAAAUACAUCUACUUUUCCUAAAGAAACAGAAAAAGAUAUCCAUCAGAAACAGAGGACUGACUCAAUAAUAUAAUAUAUAAAGUGCGACUAAUUAAUUCUCUUUAAAAGGUAAAACAAAAAAAAGAAAAAAAAUUGAAUUGAAUUUGUAGAUCUUCAAAAAACGGGAAAACACUGAGUCAAACUUAUACACACACCAAUCAACCAAACACCAUUUUUGCCCAUGUACCUAUAUUUGCUGCUCCAUUAAUUCUACUCUAAAAUACUAAUCAAAGCAACCAGCAGCCAACAUCACAAUUCACUUUAACGUAACAUAACAUAAAAAGAAUUUAGUGACACGACUAAAUCGUAUUUAAAAAUAAACAUACCUUGGUGUAAUUUAUUACAGAUGGCCCCCUGGUUGUUCUGUCGAUGAACCAACAGCCACCUUACCUUCUUUUCCUGCCUAUAGUCUCUCCUAAUUAGAAUUCUACGCAUCGACAUACAAUAUUUUUUUUUAAUUAAUGCGUAACUUUCAGACACGAUGCCAUAAGUUCGCCUAAAAGAAAGUUAGUGCAAUAUCGCAGCUUCUCAUGAUCGGUGAAAGAAGAAAGCAGAUAUUAUUAAUUUAAAAAUUAAUCCAUCGACUUUCGCUUUCCCAAUAGCACAUUUGAAUCGAAUUAAUUUUGUUAAGCCUUCUUGUACGUAAUUAUUAUUAUACACCAAUUAAUUAAACAUAAGAAUUUGGAUACUUUUUUCUUUUUUUAAUUAUUUAUCGAUAAUAUUCCAGGAUAAUGUACGUAUUAAAAAAAAUUGUUAAUUGCUACGUCGCCCCCUAAUUCUUGUUGCCGUACUGAAGAAUUUGAAUUAAACCAUCUUUUUCCCAUCAUGUAGUAAGUAGUUCGCACCCAGAGUGUCGUCAGUCCAAAUACUUAUGUUGAAUCGAUCAUUGUUAAAUUUAUUUCUUUUUUGAAUACACAUUUAUCGUAGGUACGCAUUAUUCACAAAUUAAUUGAAAACUCGCUCUAGGAAAGUAAAUUCAUUAUUCUCGAUACGUUUAAUUCAAAUCGUGUAUAUCAGAUGUGUAUUCAUUUAUUGUUUUAUUUAAUUCUCAAAAAUAAUGACUUAAUCCUCGCUGCGAUAAAUUAAUACUAAUUUGAAAAUAUUCUUUGUACGUGGAAUAUAUUUAAUAGUGACAUUAGUGUAAUAUUUUAAUGAAUAUUUGUGGUAUAAUUAUGUGUUUUGUUUGUUGCCUUCUUAUUAUGAACAUGAAAAAUAAGAAAAAAUAAUUAUCUACAUAAAUAAUUAGUAAAUGAUUAAUAUCAAUAAGUACUAUUCAAUUUUUCAGCAGCUAUGUAAUAUGCGAUAUUGUACUUCAACUUUAUUAAUUUAUUUUUCUCCACGUAUAUUAAUUAUAAAUUAAUUGAAAAUGAACAAAAAAAAACAAAUAAUGCAACGUACGAAUCAUGUAUAAUAUCGUCAGUAUUAUUUCUCACAUAAUGGACUACAUUAUAAUCGUUUUUAAUUGAUCAUAGACAUUAAACUGAUAAGAAAUCUCUUUUAUCUUUAUCAAUAAAAUUUGUUCCUAGGAUUAU